AAUACUAACACAUUUUAGGGAAAACAUAGCCUAACAUUGGGUCUGUUUUUAUGAAACACAGUGGAUAUUUAACGUACAGUAAUAAACGGAUCUUUAUGAAAUGGAAAGCACUCUGCCAAGAUUUCAGCAGCUCAGGAGAACAGAGCCAACUUCAAACAGAACUCUUAUUGGUACCGUCGUUAUCAUGGGUUUACUUCAAGUGGUAUCAAGUGUUGCUGUUGUACUUCACAUGACAGGGCAUCUUCAACAGGUCACCCAGGCCGGACCAGCUCUAGUUGAGACUUCGGACAACCUCCAGAGAGGGGAGUCACAGAGGUGCCCAAAAACACCCAGGGAGGUCACACCAUCAGCCCACCUGCCCAUUCAGCCACCCAGUGGGCACAUCCAGAGAGACAUCCAGACCACCACCAUGAUCCACUGGGACCACACCCAGGGACACCUGUCCAAGAUCGGGUACCAUGACGGCAGGAUCCUGGUCCGCGAGGGAGGCCUGUACUACAUCUACGCCAAAACCUGCUUCAGGUACUACGACCAGGUAGAGGAGUCACUGUUGGAGUCUGAGUCUCAUGCUCCAGGGAGAAGAGGGGUUUCAGCAGAGUCUGGCAUUCACAGAGAAGAUGGAGCUGGGGCUGGGGCUGGUGCUGGGGCUGGGGCCGGGGCUGGUGCCCUUCUUAUACAAUACGUGUUCCACGAGCGUCACAGUCACAGUGCCCCCCUCAGGCCAGCUGUGUUGAUGAAAAGCGGCAGCACCAGGCGCUGGCAGAGGGGCCACUACCACAUGUGUUGCCAGCAGCAGGGAGGGGCUUUCCCCCUGAGGCCCGGCGACGGUAUCUACGUCAGCGUGUCCAACUCCUGGCUGCUGGACCCAGAGGCUGAGGGAAGCUACUUCGGGGCCUUCAGAAUCAGCAGCUGAUGACUGAGGAAGGAGACCCAGGGCACUUCAUUGACUAAUUAGUAACUGAUAUCUCUUUAAUCCCAUUCCCAGCUUAGGGCUGUAGAUGAGGUGGAAUUCAUAUCUGUUAGAUAGCUGGACUGUCUGCAUGUGGAAUUUAUUUUUGUAUUUUUAUACUGCAAAAACAAACUGAAUUUGGCUCACUUUUAAUUUAGUUUUAUGCAGUUUUCAAUAUUUAUGUAUUUUUUGUGAUCAUGUCUCAGUGACUGCUCAUUAAGAAGCUUUUAGAUGUCUCUCGUAUUCAAUUCUGUGUUCAGUUUUGUGUGUGUUUAUAGAACAUUACAAUAAAGCCGUAUACAAUUGGAAUAAUACCGGAGAGAGAUUCUAAAUGCUCUGUUAUUAUCACCAAUAUCGUCAUGCUUCAACCCAUCUUAUAGGAAAACAGGGAUACCAUUAGACCAUUACGUUUCACCCUGAGACUGUUUACCUCAGCAGAUCUCUGAAAACUUGACACUCUCUCAGGCAUGCGAGCGCAGGGCGCCUCGAUUUUAUGUGCUGUCUGUGGUUAGGAGGGAAUAACUCCAGUUAUAUUAGUGUUGCAUGCUGGGAGUGCUGUGUCAUGCACAUUUAGAGGCCCCCUAUGCUCCUUACUCAUUCUCUGAUUUCACUGAUCCCUUCCCCCACCCCGUCUCAUGUUUCUGAUUUAAAAUGAAAUGAGAUACUCUUUUGUUGACGUCUAACAUCAUUACUGUGCUCAGUUUGCCUUCUUCACAUGAAAACCAUUUGCAAAGUGAGGCAUCGAUCCGUCCAUGCUUGGAUUAGAGCACAAUUCAACACACACACACCAUGUUUCCCUUGAACUAUUUCUUCAGUCCUAUGUCAUUUCCAUGUCAAAACAUGCAUUAACGCCACAUAACCACACCAUCUCAGCUCUACAGUUGCACUGUUUAGAGAGCAUUAAAGUCGUCUACUGAAACAAGACUGUUUCAUUUGUUUUCAGUCUGGCAUAUACAGUAGCUGGCACCAUUCUAUAGCCUUUCAGAAAAUGGGCAACAAUAGCACACGAAUCAGCUCGGCAUUCAAUAAAGGUUUAAA